ACAUUCGCCAUGGAAGGGCUACCGUUCCUCCCAGGAAACAGUUUUGUAGAUCCAACAAAAGCCAAAUACCAUAGAAGUCAUUCCCUCAAUUACAAGAAUGGCUAUGCUACACAGUCUCUGCCAACCACAGGAAUUGGUGGUGUGCCCAUUGUAUACAACCAGCUCUCUGAACAGGAGCUUGAUGAGCUGGCAAAUUUCAACCCAACAUUGACCUAUGGUCAAGCAAAACAGGCCCCACCAGAAGACUUUGUACCCGGCCAUGUAGCAUGGGACAAAAAGGUAUUAAGGUUCAAUGCCUACUUUAAACAAACUGUCCAUGAAUCUCCAGAUGAGUUCUACAGAGUACGACCUGUAGAUUUAUACUACUACCUUGAGGAUGACAGCAUUGCUGUUGUUGAACCUCAUGUGGAAAAUUCUGGCAUGCCACAAGGAAAGCUGAUCAAGAGGCAACGACUUCCCAAGGAUGACCAGGGCAAUAACUGGCACUGGAGGGAUCUCAACAAUGGAAUGAAUGUUACGUUUUAUGGAAAAAUUUUCAGAAUUGUCAACUGUGAUGCAUUCACAAGGAAUUACCUGGAGAGUGAAGGUAUGGUGGUGAAUGACAGUGAGGGUGCCCCCACUGACCCGUACAUCGAGAGGAGGAAGGAAGCAGCUGCCCUCCGAACCUACAACACUCCCUCCUCCUUUGACAAGCUCAAACAGUUCCUGGAACUGGAUCGUAAAGUUCUGCGAUUCUACUGUAUCUGGGAUGACCAGGAUAGUAUGUUUGGCGAGAGUAGACCAUUUGUUAUCCAUUAUUACUUGGUGGAUGAUACGUUGGAAGUUCGUGAAGUACACACGCCUAAUGAUGGACGCGAUCCAUUCCCAGUUUUGAUUGGACGGCACAAAGUUCCUAAAGACAGAUACAACAUUGAAUCAUCAUUCCCUGGUGUUGUGAUGGAGCUGUCAGAACACGAAAUCAAAGAAUAUUUCACACCCAAAGACUUCAAAUUAGGUGAACCUAUGACCAUUUAUGGGCGCCGGUUCCUCGUUUACGACUUUGAUAACUUCACAAAGGCAUUCUACUACCAGCACUUUGGAAUGACAGAUUUCAAGCCAGUUGAUGUGAAGAACAAGGCGAGAGCUCUUCCCAAAAUGGAAAUCCCCCCCUACAACCAGUUUGGAUCCCUGGAAGACUCCCUACAAUCCUGUCUCUCCCUGAUCCCACAGCCGCCCAAAAAGGACUUCAUCAAGAUGUUAGAAAAUGACCACAAAGUGCUACGCUUUGAAGCUAUCAUGGAUUCUGUGAAGCCAGAAGACAAGGGCAGACGAUUCAUCAUUUCCUAUCGCCUUGCUGAUGAUAUGAUGACAAUUUACGAGCCUGCCGUAAGAAAUUCUGGAAUCAUUGGCGGAAAAUUCUUAGAGAGAACACGUGUAGCUAAGCCCAACUGCCCACCUGACCAACCCAGCUUCUUCGGUCCUCAGGACUUCUACAUUGGUGCUGUGAUUGACAUCUUUAAGCACCGCUUCAUCAUCACAAAUGCUGAUGCUUAUGUCCUGGAAUACAUGAGAAGUCAUCAGCAUCAGUUCCCACAAUCAACAAUAGCUUCGUUAGAACAAAAGCUUUCCGAGCCACAAGCCAUGUCUGAGGCAGUGAAGGGAGGGCCAAUGAAGGUUAAACGAAAUGCGGGUGACCUAGAGAUUCUGGUACAGCAGAUUCGUGCCCAACUCAAAAAGAUUGCCAUCACAGAUAAGACUCGAGUGGACGAGAUGUUCCUUCGAUACGAUAAGGACAGGACAGGUUACAUUGAUGCCAACAACAUGAAAAAUCUCUGCCGUAGUUUACAACUCCCAGUUGAUGAUGAUGUCAUCAAUGCACUGAUUUCUCAGUGUACACAGGAUCCAAAUGGAAGAAUAUCAUUAGAAGAUUUCAGACGAUUUGUAGAGAGCUCAUGAAAAAGGGGAGAUAACUUACACGGAAAAAAAGACAAUUAAGAAACUGUGAUAAUUUGAUGAGGAGAAUGAAUGAAUUAACAAUUGAAAGGAGACA